CUUCCACAAUUCGUAUGAAUAUUGGUUUGUUGUAAGCUUGUCAUAAAAAAAUAUAUAAAAAAUGUGUGACGACAGCUCGAUUCAAGACUGUGAGCCGACCACCAUGCGACUGCCAUUCAACAGCUACCAUAUCCAUCUGCCUCUUUACAUCAUGGACAUGGUGCGCGUUUUUCAGGACCAUCCAAAAUACUGUAAUGGCAUCCAAGAGGAGCAUAUUCUGGAAAUGUUGGAGAAAGAGCCCUUUGCCUGCGGUGAUCUGGAGGCCCAGGUGAAGACCGCCCUGCUGGAUCUGACUGCCAAGGGAUUCAUACGUUUCAUCGGCAAUGGCUAUCGCACCUUGGGCCCCAUUGCCAAGCUGGCCAAUGCCCGAUCCGUGCGCCACUUCAACAUGACCUGGCAACGCAUCGCCGAGCUGCAGAAAGUCAACUGCCCCAGUCUGGAGGGCUCCAUGUCCAGUGGUCCCUGCACCCAGCGCUGACCCAACUUCUCAAAUUGGAGAAGUCUCUUGUAAUUUGAGUUGAG